UGACUCAUCGGUCAAGUAUGGCGUGUAGAAGAUAACACAUCUGUCAUUCUAAAAUUUAAUAGUGAAUUUCAGUUUACCAAAAAAUGAUACCUUAAAUAUAUAUUUUUCAAUGUAAUAGAAUUAGUAUUUUUUAUCGUGGGUAACAACAAAAAUGGUGGAAAUUGAGUUUAUUAAAGAAGAAUAUCCAUUACAUUGGUUAGUAUGGCAAAAUGAUUAUAAACAAUUAGACACCAGGUUAAAAAACAAAGAGUAUGAUAAAGAGAAAAUAGAUAACAGAGGACGAACCCCCUUAAUGUUGGCUGUCACGUUAGGACAUUUGGAAUCUGCCCGAACUUUGUUAAAUAACGAAGCUAAUGUAAAUUGCGAAAAUGUUGAAGGAUGGACGGUUGUUCAAGAGGCAGUAGCCACAGGCGACCCAGAACUUUUACAAAUGGUUUUGGAAAGACGUGAUUUCCAAAGAUAUUCCAAUCGAAUGGCUGGCAUCCCUGAAUUACUGCAGAGAUUGAAAGAAGCACCAGAUUUUUAUGUUGAAAUGAAGUGGGAAUUUACUAGUUGGGUGCCUCUAGUGUCAAGAAUGUGCCCAAGUGAUACUUACAAAGUGUUCAAGCAAGGUUCUAACGUACGAAUAGACACAACUCUGUUGGGUUUUGACCAUACUUCUUGGCAACGAGGAAACCGAAGUUACAUAUUUCAUGGUCAUAGUGAUGGUGCUACUAUGAUGGAAAUUAAUCAUGACAUCAAACAGGUUUACUGUGAAGAAAUGAAAACUCCCGAUGAAGCACUUGGAAUUCUAAUACCAAAUGAGGAAUCUGUUUGUCAACGUUUAACAACGCCUAUUGUAACUACAUAUGUUGAUACAGACAAAAUAAGCUUUGAGAGAAAUAAAGCCGGAGUUUGGGGUUGGCGGUCUGAUAAAAGUGAAAUUAUAAAUGGUCAUAACUGUAAAGUCUUCAGUGCUUCUAACGUAGAAUUAGUAACUAAGACGAGGACCGAACACCUGACAGAAACAGACAAAGCUAGGAGUAAAAACAGUAAAACGCCGUUACAAAAUUUUCUGGGAAUAGCGGAAGUUGAAGAAAACCAAGCGUCAACGGCUCAUCAAAAAGAAUAUAUAAAUUUAAGUAACCCUUCCAAUAUUACUCCAGAAGAAUAUUUUGAUUCAACUGUCAACUUGGAAGGUCGUGACAUAGGUCGACCAAAAGAAACGAGUAUUAAGAUACAGAAAUUUAAAGCAAACUUAUGGCUGUGUGAACAAUAUCCUCUGUCUCUACCUGAACAGAUUCUUCCUAUUGUCGAUUUAAUGGCAAUCUCAAGUUCACAUUUUGCCAAAUUAAAAGAUUUUAUACAAAUGCAGUUACCUUCAGGCUUUCCAGUUAAGAUUGAAAUUCCGCUAUUUCAUGUUCUAAAUGCAAGGAUAACAUUUGGUAACAUUUUCGCGCUAGAUAUUCCGGUUCCUCACGUCAAUAGGAUACAAGAGGAUGACAGGCUCACCUGUAUACUAGAUGAGUGUAUCUUUCAGUGCCCUUCAGGAUAUUCUCAGAUUGGUAAUGCAGCGGCUGAUGGACGCCGGCAGUUCAGCAUGGAAGAAGAAGAUGACCUUCUUCAAUUUGCCAUUCAACAAAGUUUGAUUGACGUCGGCACAGAAAAAGAGGAAGUAGACAUUUGGGAAGCAUUAAAGGCUCAAAAACCAUCUCGGCCAGCAACACCAAACAUGGUUGGUGAAGAAGAAAGACAAUUACAAAGAGCUAUUCAAGCCAGUCUAGAGCUUUACCAGCAAAGCCCAGACGUAAAUGAUACUAAUUCUGGCCCUGAUAUAGAUUCUGAUUUACACAUGGCACUGAUGCUAUCUGAACGAGAAUGUCAGAAACAAGAACAACAAAGGCUACAAGAAGAAAAGUUACUCGAAGAAGUAUUGCAAUUAUCUCUUACAGAAAAAUAGGAUUGAUGUUAAGAACUAUAAAUGAUUUUUUGGUCCAUAAACCUUAAGUAUAAUGGUGAUAAAAUUUUAAAAAUGGUUUUGAAUAUUACACAUUUAAUUUAUAGUAAAGUGUCGUCAUAGUAAUGGCAAUAGAGUAGAAUUGCCAGAAUCAAAAUUAAACUUUUGGUUAGUGGAAUCACUGCCCUUAAAGUAACUUAAAGAUAUGUAAACAAAACGUCCUAAAUAGUUUUAUAUUUUACAAUAACGUUUUUCUUUUAAAAUAAAAUAUUUUCUGUUUAUGUUACUGUGACAUUUAAUAUGUAGAAUUAUAGGACUGAUUUUACAGUAAAUGUGUUAUCUUGACAUUAUAAAUACUGCAGUUAUUAUUUAUUUGAUAGUUCCUAUUGAUUUAUUUAUUACUAUCCAUGUUGAUUUUUUUUUAAGUCGUUUAACAAUAAGGUGCUUUUAUUGAAGGGUUAGGCAACAGCAAAGUUUGUUGAUAAAAAUGUACAUAAUCCUUAAUUAACCUUUAAUAAAAUGUUUCUUCCAGUA